AAAACCUCCCUCAGAAUCUAAACUCCCACCUGCUCAGUUACAUGUAGACUUAAAUUUUAUUAAGUCAAAGUUGGACCGCAUUGAUAAGAUGUUAUCGGAACUGAAAUUUUCAGAAAAUGAUGAACAGCUUGAAAAGACAAGAUUAAUAGCUUCUAGUAGCAAUUUAAUAAAUUCUAAAGUGUCAGCUAUGGAGAGUCUUGAUGCUGGAAGGAGGCAAUUUAUACAAAAUAGCCUGAAAGAGAGCCUUAUAAGGUUGCAUGCCUCAGCCAUGGGUGUCCCCAAAACUUCAACAUCUAAAAUACAACCAAAGAAUUCAGGAUACUUUCUGCCACACAAUCUUCAGGUACAAAGAGCAGCUGCCAGGAGAUCAUAUUUAUUGUCUCUAAACAAGCCUAGGCUAAACAAAUUAGUUGAAAAAAAUAAAAAAAGUUCUACUACAAUUCAUACAAAAUUGCCCAGUUUUUCUACUACUUCAGGAAACAUACAACCAAAAGGUUAUCAGAAGAAAAAGGUACAAAAAAAACAAGGUGCUGUGAAAUUUAGGAAAAAAUUAGAUGUAUCUACUCAAGUAGACCUCCUGGAAAAUCCUGCAAAUGGUGAAGCAAACUUGAAUGAGCAAGCAUCUGAAUAUAAAGAUGAAAACAUUGAAUGUGCUGUGGAUGGAAUAUUAACUGAUUUGCUUGGUGAAACUGUUUUAUCUUUAAAUGCUAUCAAGCAAAGAAAAUCAAAGCAAACUCUUAGUAAGACAGUUGGUGAGAAAGAAAAUACACUUCAAAAGUAUGGUUCAGGUGCAGAUGAAAUUCCAGCACAGCAUUUUCGUUCUGAUUUCAACGAGACUGUUUUUAAAAAUGAGGAUAAAAGAGAUAUUGGAGAAAAAGGGGAACAUUUGCUACCUGAUUUAAAAAAUGAGCUUAGAAAUCCAAUUGGCAAUGAUGAUCAAGUCAGCCAAAAACUGUCUGAAGAAAAACAACAAGGUUUACUCUCUCAUAAAUAUUCCAGUGAAGCACAAAAACAAACUGUGCCAAAGACACUUCGAAUUAGCAUUGAUUCCUCAAGAAGGAUUGCUAAAUACAGAAAGGAAUUUUGGAACUAUUUGAAAGCAACAUCUUGGGUAGCAAAUGAAAACUUCAAUCCUUGGGUUCUUGCUGAUAUGAUAGCUGAAGCCAUUCUUGAAGAUUGUAUCACAGAUGUGUGUCAAGACCUAGGUGAUUUACCAUCUGUUUUUAUAGAUGAGCUUUGUAAGCAAGAAUUUGCGCAGCGUAUGUGAGUAAAAACAUGCCAAACACUAUA